AUGCGGCCCAACUGUGCGAACGUGCUGGUCACGACAACUCAGCUGGUCCCAGCAGUUUCAAAAGUGCUGCUCUACGGACUCGGCGGCGUGUUUCCCCUGGAAAAUAUUUACAGCGCGACGAAAGUCGGGAAAGACAGUUGCUUUGAGCGAGUGAUGGCGAGAUUUGGCCGCAAGUGCACCUUUGUUGUGAUAGGCGACGGCAACGACGAAGAAGCAGCAGCUAAAAAGUUGAACUUCCCGUUUUGGAGAAUCAGCAGCCACAAGGACCUGGACGCAUUGCACAAUGUCUUGACGCUGGGUUUCCUUUAA